AUGGUUCUUGUCAACAUCACCAUGCAAAGGAAAUUGAUGACGCGACAUGCAUCACCUUCACUCAGCUUAUUUGCUGCACUCAAUCAGCUUUGCAAGAGAAUUAAUCUGAAGGACACGUCUGUGUGGUCAAAUUCAAUCUGGUUACUAAGGCGAAUUAAUGCAGCCAUCACAAUCCGUACUUUUCUGUUGCUGAUAUCAAAAUAUCAUUCACUUAAUUUUGCAGAAAGCGUGAAUACAAACAUGCUAAUAAUUAAAAUAUCCAGUCACCCACUUUGCAAACAACAAGUUACUGGACAGGCAUCUGUGGAUGAAUUUAAAUUAAAUGAAGAAGUGCUGAUGAACAUCAUGGAAAGACGAGUUACUGGACUCAGAAGGGACCAUCAUGGAUAUGCGGCAGUGUUACUAAGGCGAAUUAAUGCAGCCAUCACAAUCCGUACUUUUCUGUUGCUGAUAUCAAAAUAUCAUUCACUUAAUUUUGCAGAAAGCGUGAAUACAAACAUGCUAAUAAUUAAAAUAUCCAGUCACCCACUUUGCAAACAACAAGUUACUGGACAGGCAUCUGUGGAUGAAUUUAAAUUAAAUGAAGAAGUGCUGAUGAACAUCAUGGAAAGUGAAUGA